AUGGCCUUGCUUCAGACAGCAGCGAUGAGUGUCAUGGAGGCACCUGCUAAAAGAUCAACUGGCAACCUCACACCUUCUUUCCCUGAGCUUGGCCGGCUCGGAAGAGACAAGGCUGAAGGCGAUGCGGCGCUGGCGAUAGCGCCUGAGCUUGAGGCCGCUGAGCCGAUCACGUGGCUGCACAUUCCCAAAUGCGGGACCUCAUUCUUGAAUGCAUUGAUCCAUUUGCCAGCCGUUUGCCCUGGCGUGAACACAUCCUAUCGAGUAGACGAAGAUUUCCUGGGCGAGCGCUUCGAAGAUGAGUUCUUUCGGCAAUGCCCGGAGGUGUGCGACGAAAGCAAGUUCAACUGCGAGCCCCUCCAUCAUGAUGGAAUCGGAUCCAGAUAUGAGACAGAGCUCAAAGGUCACUUGGUGACCAUGAUCCGGGAACCCCAACAACGCAUUCUCUCAGCGUUUCAUGAUCCAGUGUGGAGGCAUGGCUCCUUCACAGCUGAUGCGGCCAAAUACGCGGAAAAGCAGCGAGGCGGUAUGACCUGCCAGAUAUUGCGCGAUGGCAGCAUGGACCCACCGCCCAAGGAGUGCCGAGAUCUCACAGAGGCAGAUGCUAGACUCGCAGCCGUAAGAUUGCGCGAAGGCUUUGCGUUUGUGGGAAUCUCAGAUGAGUGGGAUUUGUCCAUCUGCCUCUUCCACCGGAUCUUUGGAGGAGAAUGCUUGGCGAGCGACUUCGAGGAUGACCGGCC